UGAGUGGGGAUAGUUUGGGUUCCAUAUGGCCCUCGUACAGUAUUGAUGUUACCUUGACAGAAGAACAGGGUUUUUUUUUUUUUUGUUCUGGCUGGUUCCCUGUAAUUUGAAUGCCAUUGUUUCUCUUGGACUGAUUGUCUUUUCACCUGACAAUCCCAGCUCUGGUCUUGGGUCUCUCUGCUGCUCUCUGCUGGUUACUAACAUGGGUCGCUGGAACACUCUGGAUUUACUCUUCAUAUCUCUCAACUGCAAUGUCACAGUAGUAGGAAAAAUCUGGCUAACCCUGAUGAUCAUGCUCAGGAUCCUCAUUCUGCUUUUUGCUGGUUAUCCCCUCUACCAUGACGAACAAGAGCGAUUUAUCUGCAAUACCAUACAGCCCGGAUGUGCCAAUGUGUGCUACGACGUGUUUGCUCCUGUGUCCCACUUCAGGUUUUGGCUUGUUCAGAUAGUCAUCCUCUGCCUGCCACAUGUUAUUUUUAUUGUCUACGUGAUUCAUAAAGUAUCCACACGCCUCUCCUUGGAGAACAAUUCAUCGAGCAAACUUAAAACCCUAUCCCUUCAUAAAAUACACCAAGAAACAGUCAGGAAGGCUUCGCUGACUAAAACAGCAUUGGAGGCAGAGAGAGGAAAAAUACCCAGUUUCCCAGGAGCUUACGUUUUUCAGCUGCUGCUGCGGAUCCUUUUUGAAGCUGGGUUUGGUGUUGGGCAAUAUUAUCUUUUUGGGUUUUUUAUCCCAAAGAGAUACUUGUGCUACGAGUCUCCUUGCACCAGCAUGGUGGAUUGCUACAUCUCCAGACCCACAGAGAAAACCAUGCUGAUCAAUUUCAUGUUCGGGGUCAGCGCCUUCUCUUUACUGCUGAAUAUCGCAGAUCUGAUCUGCGUGAUCAAGAGGUCUAUGAGGCAGAGCCGGAAGAAUAAACUGCUGAUGGAAAGGAUGUAUGAGGAAGAGCAGUACUACCUGACGCCUCCGAGCAGGAAUGUAGACUCGCAGCUGGAAAUGACAGAGGGCUACGCAGCUCCCGAUGCUCUGAACAAAAGGAGGGGGAGCGACUCGAGUGCAGACGGUGCCGCCUCCAUCCAGCUGGAUGAAGGGGUGGAGAACUUGCCUGUGCAUUCUGAGGCUUUGUCCUAUCAUGUGGCCAAUGCAAACCACAACAAUGCCUACACACAGGCACAGGAGGAACUCUUAGAACAGGAAGGAAGCAAGACUGCACUUUGCCUCACUGAGUCCAAGGUGGCACCUGGAAUGCCAGGGAGGUACAGCAGACGUGGCCGUCUCAGACCACAACCCUCCAGGUUAGGGGAGAAUGCCCAGGCAGGGGAGGCAGAUUCCACAUCCACUGUCCAUACCAGGAGGACAGGCCGGUACAUGCUCGUGGAAAUGAGCUCCUUGGGUGGACAGUCAAGCUGCAGUGAUGUGCGGGAGAAGAGAUCAGAAUGGGUGUGAAAUGAACAGGGAUCUGCUUGCAUUAUUAACAUACACAGUAAUCUGUUUUUCUUUGUAGUGGUGGAUUUACUUUGCUUACUUUGUUUAAAAAAAAAAAUGCAAUCACAAGUUGAUUUUAGGAAAUUUUGAACUAAAACUUAAGACUAGAGGCUGGAAACAAACCCCAGAAACUGACUGCUUGCCCAGUUGGGGAGGAUAAAACACUAGAAACAGCUGCUAUAGUUAUCAACAUGCCGUCAUAGGUAUCAUUUACAGGGGGGUUAUAACAUUAUUUUAAGAGCUACCUUGUAAGUUGUACCCAAGAGGAAGCCUGUAAUCUGUCAUGUGUCCUCACUUGAUAUUACAUUUUCAGCUAUUACAUUUUUCCAUAUUAACCUGCUUUACCAAACUUUGCAAUUCAGUACAUGAAUUUUAAGCUCUUAAGUUUCCUGCAGAUACUAAUAAAAAAAAAAGUUUCACUUGUUUUAUAAAAUCUUUAUUUCACUGAUCUGCCUCUCAUCUUGGCCAUUUGCCAUCAUUGCUGAAUUUUAAUUUAUUUCAGUGUUGACAGGCUGACACAUAUUGAUCCCCAGGAGGGACAUGUGCAUUUACAACAAAAGGUAAAGGUUUCAAACUUCUGAGUCCCACAAGGGUCAGGGGCAGGCAUGUGACGGAUAUCUAUAAAAAGACCGAAACAUAGAUGUUGUGUGGCAUGAAUAAAUGAAGUGGAGAGCAGUUCUGUAUCCCCUUACAAAAUGAUCGGCAGUGGCGCUGCAAUGGCAAUGGUCCCUCACUAUAGACCAAGGGUAACACAAGGGCAGCUGCAGUGCUACAAUACAACAGUACAACAGUGUUACAGUACAACAGUGCUACAGUACAACACUGCUACAGUACAACGAUGCUAUAGUACAACAGUGCUACAGAACAACAGUGCUACAGUACAACAGUGUUACAGUAUAACAGUCUUACUGUACAACAAUGCUAUAGUACAACGAUGCUACAGUACAACAGUGCUACAGUACAACAAUGCUAAAACGAUGCUACAGUACAACGAUGCUACAAUACAACAGUGCUACAGUACAACAACGCUAAAACGAUGCUACAAUACAACGAUGCUAAAACGAUGCUACAGUACAACGAUGCUAUAGUG